AAAAAAAGCUAAAAAAGAAUCAUCAGUGAUUGAUUUUCCCUACCUACUCUCUUAGGACGGAAGACAUGCUAAAUAAGCAAAGGUGUGUUAACAGAAAAACAAAAGAUCAGGCAACAGAAACAAACUGAAGAUCACAAACGAUAAGCAUAAUUCAAAAAUUAUUGAAACAGCUUUUAUUUCCAAUGCACCAGGCCGUUUACAAAAUGCUUCCAUGUUACAUUAUUUCUUUCGACUGCUGGAUUUGGUUGAGAGAGUGUGCCACAGCUAAAGGAAUGUUAUGAUCAUUUUUAAGUUUCCUCUAAAAGUUGCUAGAUAAAAAUCUACUAUACUGCUGCUUGCUUUAGAAACAUGUGACCCACAGCUUCUUGGCUUCCUUCACCCUUUAAAGAGCCAUUUAGUCAUCAUGCAGUGUCACAACAGAUGUGACUCACAGAGCAAGGACAGAAGGCGAGGAAUCUUCACACAUGUAGGUGCUCAGAGUUCAGCGGAAGCCCAGGCGACUCAACCUCAAGAGAAUCAGCUUGGUUAGAGUGGCACAACUCUUCCUUCCCCUGUGCACCGCAGAAAGAUGGCAAUAGUCCAAUCUGAAAAUAAUUAGAAGUCUGGCAGAACAAUUAGAUUUUGAGCUUAUCCUGGGCAUGGAUUUCAUGAAGUAGCCAAAGGAUCAGGACACCAUCUUCUUUUAUGGUAUGAGAAAAGAGUGCCCUUGUCAUAUACAGAAAGAAAAAAAAAAUGUUGUUUUUGUUGUUAGCCCUCCUAAUCCUGUGUGGUUUUCUGUGGAAUUACAAAAGACAACUAAAGAUUGCAGACAUCACGGAUAAGUACAUUUUCAUCACUGGGUGUGACACGGGCUUUGGAAACUUGGCAGCCAGAACUUUCGAUAAAAAAGGAUUUCACGUAAUUGCUGCCUGUCUGACUGAAUCGGGAUCAACAGCUUUAAAGGCAGAAACCUCAGGCAGGCUUCACACGGUGCUUCUGGAUGUAACUGACCCAGAGAAAGUCAAGAAGACUGCCCAGUGGGUGAAGAACCAAGUUGGGGAGAAAGGUCUCUGGGGUCUGAUCAACAAUGCUGGUGUUCUCGGAGUGCUAGCUCCCACUGACUGGCUGACUGUGGAGGACUACAGAGAACCUAUUGAAGUGAACCUGUUUGGACUCAUCAAUGUGACAUUACGUAUGCUUCCCUUGGUGAAAAAAGCUCGAGGGAGAGUUAUCAAUGUCUCCAGCAUCGGAGGCCGGCUUGCAUUAGGUGGAGGGGGAUAUACUCCAUCCAAAUAUGCUGUGGAAGGAUUCAAUGACAGCUUAAGACGGGACAUGAAAGCUUUUGGUGUUCAUGUCUCAUGCAUUGAACCAGGAUUAUUCCAGACAGGAUUGUCAGAUCCAAUAAAGGUAAAUGAAAAAAAACGGGCCAUUUGGAAGCAUCUGUCUCCAGACAUCAGACAACAAUAUGGAGAAGGUUACAUUGAAAAAAGUCUAGAAAAACUGAAAGACUCUACAUCCUUUGAGAACGUGGACCUCUCCCUGGUGGUAGAGUGCAUGGACCAUGCUUUAACAAGUCUCUUCCCUAAGACACAUUAUGCUGCUGGAAAAGAUGCCAAGAUUUUCUGGAUACCUCUGUCUCACAUGCCAGCAGUUUUGCAAGACUUUGUAUUGUUGAGACAGAAAGUAAAGCUGGCUAAUCCUAACGCAGUGUGACUCAGCUGACCAGGAAUGCCUGCCCCAGGCUAUGAGAUUGACUGAUUUCAAGGUCGUGCUCAUUUUCAAUCCCAUUCCUUAUCUACUCCAGCCUGGACUCACUUAGAAAACCAUGCUUCUUUUGAUAAAUAAAGGAACCCCACCAUCAGUGGUGAUUUCCCAGAGUCCUUUCUCAAGCUUUCUUUGAAAGAAGGGCAGGCAUAACAUGUCACAUGGACAAGACCUGCCCAAUAUUUAGGCUUUGCCUGCUUGGUAUGACGUAAGAGAUCGAAAGACUUUUCCUCCAAAAUGAUCUUCACCACUGGCAUACCCCACACCUGUAGUCCCCACCAUUUAGAGCAACUCCUUUGAGUUAGAAUUGACUCUACAGCAAUGGAGAGCAACUCCUUAAAUGUUAAAUAUUUUUCCCUUAGCAAAAUAUUAAGAAAUUAAGUAGAAAACUUUCAUAAGUGGAUUAGACUUAUUCUGCUAUCUUGCUGAAAAUAAGGCUCUGAAGGACUGGAACUCUGUUCUGGUAAGCUUUGAUGAGGAUAGGAAAAGGAUGGGUAAUGAAGCAUUAGGAGACACUGGUACAAGUUAAGGAGCAGUAGAAAAACACUGGGUAGACUGCAAGUAGGAGGGGAGAAAAAGAGAGCAGGAAGAGGGCUAAGAGAAAGACAUAGUUAUGAAAGCAGAGGUAGGGAGACUCCAAGACAGCAAGCCUUCUACUCUAUGGGGAGCUAUAAAGGAUAGACAUCUUUUUCAAGGCCACUGUGAACACUGAUGCACACACAGAUGUCUGGUGGAAGAUGGGAAUAAUACAGUAACAGGAUACCAACCAUUCCAGAGAAGCAAAAAUAUAGAGUAUUUAUGUUUAUUCUGGUGAUUGUAAAAAUAACAAGUGCCAGAAUAUCUGGUACAACUCAUACUCGAGAUGGUUGGAAAUCUUUCAUUUGAGGUGUCUCUGAAGCCCCAUGAAAAUAAGAAACUAAAUUAAAAGCUCUCUUUAGCCUACAGUGCAAUUAGGCCUGCUCCUUGCUCAUAUUCAUGGCUCUAAAGUGGAUUGACCCUGGACUCACACCUCCUCCAAAGGGAGAAGUUCCCUAAAUGGAUGUUUCCCCAGAUCCUAGUACCCAGUAUCACCCUCAAAGUUUCAUUGAAUAUUUAUGUGAAGCAGCCUGGACUGUCAGAACUCACUUGUCCUUUUUGCAUCAAUGAAGAAGAUUAGAACCAAAGACUCAAGGGAGCAAUUAGUCCAAAUGACUAAUGGACCACAUGAACCACAGCCUACAA